AUGUUAAAUGAAAAAUCUAUUCCGUCUAAAACGUCUAUAACAGUAUUAGCUGACAUUAAAAAUACUCAAGAAAACAGGUCUUAUUUUAAUUUGAGACAAUAUGGACCAUUCAAUUUAAAACAAAUAAACCUCAAAACAGACAUUGCUAGCAAAAGUUUGAAAGAAAAUUCUCAUGACAGAAUGAAGAAAUGUUCAAAGAAAAGAAAAAUAAAAGACAUACACCUUAAAACAAAUAAGAAACUUAAAACGGAAGAGGAGAGCGGUACAGACGAAGAUAUGACGAUUUCUUUGCAUGAUACUUCUGAUGAAGAGUAUCACAUUACAGAUGAUAUCUUAUCAGAUGAUGAUUAUCUGUAUCAUAUGGAUUAUCAAUUGAAAGAACAGAACGUUACAAAUUUAAGAAAAAUAUCAGACACAAGUAAAAUAGAGAGAGAAAAAAUAGAACAAUCAAGCCGAUACACAAGAGUGAAAAUCAGGGAGUAG